UCAGUUUAUGGGGCUGUAGGAGUUUCUGUAUCACCAUGUGUGCCGACACAGAGUAGGCCUACUGCUGGCCGUCAGCGGGCAGGCAGAGGAGAAGAGGAGGGGAGGAAAAGUGUGUUUACACAGACGGCAAACUGCCUGGGGAAUCGUCGGGGAGAGGAAGUCAGCCGGCUCUGUGUCUGCCUGCUCCAACUUCCUGCUCAGAAAGAGAAAAAGCCCAGGAUCCUAUUUCAGUCCAGCACAACUGUGUUAGUCCAGAAGUAAGCAUGGAAAAACAAGGAAUCACACCAGCUUCACCGUAAAGUUUCACGGAGGGGAGAGAGAAAAAAAAAGACCAAGUCUGAGCUCACAGGUAUGGACAGUGCCAUCACCCUGUGGCAGUUCCUGCUGCAGCUGCUGCUGGACCAAAGUCACAAGCACCUGAUAUGUUGGACGUCCACAGACGGAGAGUUCAAGCUCCUGAAAUCAGAGGAAGUGGCCAAGCUGUGGGGGCUGCGCAAGAACAAGACCAACAUGAACUACGACAAGCUGAGCAGAGCCCUGCGCUACUACUACGACAAGAACAUCAUCAAGAAGGUGAUCGGCCAGAAGUUUGUCUAUAAGUUUGUGUCGUUCCCUGAGAUCCUGAAGAUGGAUCCCCAGGCGGUGGAGAUGGGCCUGGCUUCAGGAAGGUUCCCCCUCCAGGAAGGGGAGGCCUCCGAGCUGGAAGUAGAAGAAGAGGAGGAAGAGGAAGGGGAAGAGGAGGCACAGAGGAGGACCCUGGCAGCGCUGGGGGCGCAGCAAUGUCGUAACGACUACCUCCGCUCGGGUCUCUACUCCUCCUUCAGCAUCAGCUCCCUGCAGCACCAGCCGGAGCUACUCCGCGCCCUGCGGGAGCGCCAGGAGGAGCCGCGCUCCGUCAUCCGCUUUGGCGCCAACGCCAACGAAAGGAGCUCCCCUCCCUCUGCCAAACCCGAGUCCUACGUCCCCCCCAGGCUAUCCAAACUCCACUCCCCAUCCUCUCCCCACACCCACCCCUCCCAGCCUGGCCGAAGCUGGAGCCCCGCAGCCAAUGAGGAGGAGGACGGGGAAUCUGACCAGAGCGCUCAGCCCCUCAACCUCUCCUCUGGGCACAGGGAGCGAGCCCUGCAGCCUCCCGAGAAGAGGAGCAGCAGCAGUGGCAGAAGUAGCUCCACUAGUAGUAGUAGUAACCAAGGAGAUGGACUCCCACCAAAAAGCAAAAAGCCCAAAGCUCUGGAGAUCUCCGCCCCGUCCCUGCUGCUCGCAGGGAGCGACAUCGGCUCCAUUGCCCUCAACAGUCCAGCGCUGCCGUCUGGCUCCCUCACUCCUGCCUUCUUCACUGCACAGACUCCCUCCGGUUUGCUGCUGGCACACAGUCCGCUGUUGUCGGGCAUCCACUUCUGGAGCAGCUUGAGCCCCGUCGCCCCGCUCAGCCCCGCCCGGCUGCAGGGCCACAGCUCACUCUUCCAGUUCCCCAGCCUAAUCAACGGACACAUGCCUGUCCCCCUGCCAAACCUGGAAGGAACACCCUCCUCCUUGCUCCUGUCCCCCACCACCCACAAAUCCUGAUCUAGGGUCUGUGAAAAAAUAAAAAAUAAAAAUAAACACCCACCUUCAUCCAUCUCUUCAUCAUCAUCAUCAUCAUCAUCAUCAUCUGCAGCAGCGAUCUCUUGUCCGUCUUGUUAAAUUCUGCUUCCUACAAGACAGUAUGUGACCUCACUCGUUUUUUUUUUUUUUUUUUUGCACUUGCGUUGCUUCAGAUUCCAGUUGGUUGAAAGCACUUGGUAAAAGCCAUAACGCCACGACGUCUGAGAGACGUCUCUGGCUCUUUGUGAUUAAAAUACAGCACAUUUCCACAUUGACCCUGUCCACGACGGACAGUAGUGACGUGUAGCUAGUUGCAAAAGACUAGCCGGCCGCUCUUUCUGCGCAGAGUUGUUUUAAUCUUGUUUUAUUUCCCUUUUAAAUGUUGUCACCACAGUGUGAAACUAGUUGUUUCACUUGUGUGGUAUUGUAUGUAUUGUAUGCACUAUGCUUCUCAGAUAGUACCGGCUGUGCCUUGUUGCCCCCCUUUUUUUUCUCCCCCCCAAAAAAAUCUUUUAAUGAAGACGAGAUUUCAAAUCAAUGAAAACCUUUGUAACACUUGUAAUGUUCUUUUUUUUUUAUACUGGACUUGGUAUACAGUUUGUAUUCUGUAUAAUUUUGUAUUGUGAAGAAUGUCUUUUGUCAUUUUCAAUAAACAAAGCAUUGAAUGCUUGAACCCAGUGCCUUAAAUUAAACAUUUUACAGUAGCACGGUGGACGGCAGUCACGUGUCGGCUUGUUGCAAAGGACUAGCCGGACACAAGAGGAGAUAAAUAAUCGAUCAGUUCACAUGACGUCUGUUUAAACUUUUAGAUUUUAUUUUCUUUACUCUGGAAAAAAAAAAAAAAAGCUCAAAUAUGGGAGGGUAUCUGCAACGAAAUCCCACACCAAUAACAAUUAUCCACAAAUAAAGUUAAAGAAUAUCAUACAAAACAUCUCUUGUAACACUGUUAAAUAGACUGUGACUCAGUAUUGUAUUCACUAGGGGCAGGACUAUAGCUAGUGCUCCCUGAAUUAGGAGAUCAGUGGCUGUGUGCUUCCUCAUACAACAGAGCAGGCAUGCAACACAAUGAUGGGGACAAUCCAGAAAAAAAAAAAAAGGAUCCAUUUUCUUUCUUAUUUUUUUUACAGUCGAUGAAGAUGGGAAUGACAGAAAGGAUAACACAUCUGUGAAGGCAGCUUUCAACACUUAGACAUCAGACUGGAGGAGAUGGCGUCAGAUUAAAGUGGAAAAUGAUGAAGGUUGAAUAUUAUCUGAAGAAUUUAGGUGUAACUAUUCCUGUAAUGCCCUUGUUAACAGCUCUAUGUUGCCUUUUUUUUUUUUUUUUUUUUUUUU